AUGUGUUCUGUCAUUACAUGCACCACACAUGCGACCGAUGAUGUCAAAGCUGCCAUAGCACUGGGCAUUGACGCAUUUGCUCUGAAUGUUGGCAAUGCCACAGCUUGGUGGGCGCUGGACACCAUCGACCAGCUCUUCACCGCUGCCAAGGGUACCGAAUUGAAGUUCUUCUUCAGUAUGGAUCUAGCGCAGGACUCGAACGCAUACGACUUCACCGACCUGAUCAACAAGUACAUCGGUAACGACAACUACUACAACUACAAUGAGAAACCCUUCUUGAGCACCUUUAGUGCUGCUGGCACUGGCCCAGAGUACUGGCCAGGCUUUCUGGCCACACUGAGCGAGACGGUAUACUUCUUACCCGACUUCGACGAUGGCCUAGACUAUUACACCAGCUUCGAUAGCUGGAUGGGCGCUUGGAAAAACGUGGUCGACGGCGUUUUUAGCUGGGAGACUGCGUGGCCGUCCACUAGCAAUACAGCGUCGAACGUAACCACGAGCCGGGACGAAGUGAUUAUUGCUUCUGCGCACAACAACGACAAGGCAUACAUGAUCCCUCUCUCGAGCUUGCAGUAUAAGCAUUGGUCUGGUAACAACUGGUACCGACCUGGCGAGGUCAACCUGCCGCAGCGCAUGACCGAGAUCCUUGCUCUCGGUGAUGCACCCGAGUUCGUCGAGAUCCUGACCUGGAACGAUGCUGGAGAGUCUCACUACAUCAGCGAACUGCACACCGAGGGUCUUGACGAUACUAUCAGGGCAUAUGCCAAUGAUGCAACAACCCCACACACGGGCUGGCAAUCGCUCUUCAAAUCCUUUAUCACGGCUUACAAGGCUGGAGUCGCCGCCACUGGCAUGCGCCCACCCUCGGGGACUGAUGUCGUCGGUUCUAUGUGGUACCGCACCAUCUUGACAACUGCAUCAUGUUCGGGUGAUAGUAUGGGCAAGCCAUCUGGAUCUGGCGCUGCGAGGGAUGCUGUGAACUGGGCGGUUGUGGUCAAUGAUGGCGUCUCGGAUGUGACUGCCCAGGUCUGGAGCAAUGGUCAGCUAAUCUGGAAGAGCGCGCUUUCAACGGGGCUGAACUACUUUAGCACACCAGGAAUGAGUACUGGUAUCCAGUAUAUUGAAGUUGUUGAUUCGGGCUUUAAUGUACUGUACUCGGCUCAGGGAACUGUUGAGGUUGUGGCGCAGAUCGAGUCUGGCGGCGUCUGUAACUACAAUUACCAGGUUGCUGAACUUGUUGUUCGCAGCUAA